CUUUUGUGUUUCGCAUUGGCAACUAAUCUUCUUCUUCUUCUAUACGUUCUUCACACGUUUCAACAAUGGCCGGUCUUGACAUUAUUGGUUCCUUUGAAGACUCCUUUAAACUGGUCACUUUAAAAGCUUACCUCGCCGAGUUCAUCUCCACUUUGCUCUUUGUUUUCGCUGGCGUUGGCUCAGCCAUUGCCUUUGGGAAGCUAACGGAGAACGCGGCGCUUGAUGCAUCCGGACUAGUGGCGAUUGCGAUUUGCCAUGGUUUUGCCCUCUUUGUGGCGGUUUCGAUCGCAGCUAACCACUCUGGUGGCCAUGUUAACCCGGCCGUGACUUUUGGCCUUGUUGUCGGCGGAAAAGUCACAAUCAUCACCGGAGUUUUCUAUUGGAUCGCUCAGCUUCUCGGCUCCACUGUCGCUUGCUUCCUUCUCAAAUUUGUCACCGGUGGUUUGGCGAUUCCAAUUCACAACGUUGCGGCUGGAGUAGGAUCAGCACAAGGAGUAGUGAUGGAGAUCAUAAUCACAUUCGCAUUGGUUUACACCGUUUACGCCACAGCCAUUGACUCCAACAAUGGCACUCUCGGAACAAUCGCUCCACUUGCUAUCGGACUCAUAGUUGGUGCUAACAUUCUUGCAGCCGGUCCGUUCUCUGGCGGUUCCAUGAACCCUGCUCGUUCCUUUGGACCAGCUCUUGCGGCUGGAGAUUUUUCAGGACAUUGGGUUUAUUGGGUCGGUCCACUUCUUGGUGGGGGACUUGCUGGAGUUAUCUACACCAAUGCUUUUAUCACUGAGUCCAAGCCUGAACCAACCGAGUCCGAACGUGUUCCUCUUAUUUCCUCUGCUUAAAAAAUCUUUCAUUAUGAAUGAUGUAUCAUUCUUGUUUUUCUAAUAUUUUGCUUGUUUGGUUUACGAUGUGAUUGUAUGCCUUAAAAAGUAUCAAAAAAGGAAAAAAAAACUUUGUUCUUAAAUAAGAUUCUCUUUGGGCU